AUGUGCGAUAAUUCAGGGCCCCUCACACCGCCAGUUUACGAUGAUGAUGAUGAGGAAAACAACGAGCACUUCGAAAAGGACAUACUGGUAAUUGCAAACAAUUUCCCAGCCAGUUUGAACUUCUUCUGCAAUCCGAGGAAUGAACUUAUGCGUGAUCGGCUUUGCUACGGCCAGUUGGAUCAGUACGCACUGGCUUGUGCUGACGAUACUCCACCACUGCAGCUGGUCCCUUUUUGUCUCGCUUUCAAGCGUCACUGUCACUUGGUGAAUUAUCCAGCUGAUGAUUGGUGCGUACGUGAAUUCGAUCGUUAUGAUGAAUACUGUACCCGGGCGAAGAAGAGCAAAUGCAAAUCGUGUACGCAUGAUCUCAGCUGUUACUGUGAACCGUACCAGUGUACAUGGCAAAGAUAUGGAUACGAAACCGCGAUAUGGUGUCAGCGGUAUGAGCUGUAUUGCAAUGAAAAAGAGCGUCGGAAUAAAGCUGACGAAUUAGUCAGCCUAAUGGAUGGAGCCGUCAGAGUUCAUUACAGGUGUAUGCACCUAUUCAAUCUUCCAAAAGUCAUUUGUGAUCCUUUCCGACGUCAAUUCGACUAUAAUCGUUGUAUGAAGUUUUUGUUCGACUGCGAACUGAUUUCGGAAUGGGACGACGAGGAGGAAUCUGACAAAGAGAGUGGUAAAGAGAAAGGCGAAACCGCCUCAUCAGAAGGAUCGACAUCGACAAAGGUCCUCACGCCAACGCCAGACGAUCAAAAGCUUGCUGCAAAAAUCGCUGAGGAAGAAAAGGCCUUGGAACAAUUGCUGAAAGAGAAAGAAAAGGAAGACAAGGAGAAGUUUAUGGUGCUGGACAGCCCUGCCCAUGGAAAUCCGCAGUUAUAG